AUGGAGAUUUACACUCCUUCCCCUAAUGUCAUGGAUUUUUCCACUGAGGCUGGUUCAGUAGACUGGGUAGAGGAGGAAGAGGAGGAAGAGGAUGACUACUCUAGAAAUGCAAUGUACAUAACGUUUUGCAUCAUAGUAAGCAUUUUAGGAACUGUGGGCAACGGACUGGUCAUCUGGAUCACUGGAUUCAAAAUGAAAAAGACGAUGACUACGAUUUGGUUUCUCAACCUCGGAAUUGCAGAUUUCUCUUUCUGUUUGUUUCUUCUCCUCUAUGUUAGUGAUGCAGAACUGUGGGCUGCCUCGCCCUUAGAUUUAAUAUUGUGCAAGCUCAGUUUUUUCACCUUGUACCUAAAUCAGUAUGCAAGUGUAUUAUUUUUAACUGUAAUCAGUAUUGAUCGCUGUGUCUGCGUUCUGUGCCCAAUAUGGUCAAGAAACCACAGAACUUCCAGGUUAGCAGCAAUCAUCUCAGUAAUCAUCUGGCUUUUAACCAUCACUCUCAGCUCCCCGUACUUUAUUUUUAGCAAUUUUGUAGAUGAUGAUUUUAAUUUUCAAUGUACUGGCUCUAAUACCCCCUUGGAAGAUACAACCACAAUUGAUUAUACAACUUUAGAUCUAAUAGACAAAGCAACGGCCACUACUGAGUUUGUGUCCGCCUUCCUGAUUCCCUUUUCCAUCAUCCUUGUCUGCUAUGGGCUCAUUGCAUUCACGGUGAGAAAAAACAGCAGAAUCCCUGGGUCGGCUCGAACUUUGAAAAUUAUAACUACAACUGUCAUUUGCUUCUUCUUCUGCUGGGUUCUUUAUUAUAUGUUGCCCAUGAUUAAUAUGGUAGGUCCUGAUACUGAGUGGCCUGGUAGGAACCACCUUUUUGAACUUGCACAAUGCUUGGCUUUCUUUAACAGUUGUCUCAAUCCAAUAAUCUAUGUCUUUAUUGGCCGGGACUUUAAACAGGUAUUAAGGAGGUCAAUUCCAUUCCUUAUGGAAAGCACAUUCAGAGAGAGGAAUGACCCCCAAGAAACGCAGGAAGACAACAUUUAA